UCCCUCCCGCGGAACGCGAAAUAGUCAAAGGUUCCGCCUUCCGGAUAAAGACGUCAGGAGACGCUUCAAUGACGGCAGAUCUGACAGCUGACAAAGUAUUCUCUACACUGUGACGUUUUAUAUUCGAUUUUUGUUUUGGUUCAAAGUCCAGAUGGAGAACAUAGUGAGGUUCGAACACUGCGGGGAGCUAAUCUACACUUUCACACACCGGGAGGACACCCGCAGCUCGGCGGAGGAACCGGGAGGGACCGGGAGCGGUCCGGCAGGUGUGCCCAGCGGGAGGUGUCCUCUGUGCGGGGAUCGGCUCAGCUUCCGGCUCCUGGACGCACCUGUGGCCGUCCCAUGUCCGUUUAGCAACGGGCACGAGACUCCGUGCGCGUUCCUCCUCUCAUCCCGAUCCGGACCGACGUCUAUCAGUGAACAGAAUGACUCUGAGCUUCACGUCGGGAUCUCAAACUCUGAAGGUGUUGUAUUCAGCUAUACAGAGUCGGGGGUUCAGCGUCAGCAGCAGAGCUGGGAGAAGAGUCUGACCAUCCCUCUUAUUACCCCUAGCAACCACCCAUCUGUUCCCCUUAUUACCCCUAGCAACCACCCAUCACCUGUUGUGGUUACCCCUAGCAACCACCCGUCUCCUCCUCUCCUCCCUGGCAGCGUUGUCAGGUCGUGGGACCGACGCCUGGAGACCUUCUCCUCUCAGGACCGAUGGACCACAGACAGGUUUUCGGAGGAGGGGGAGUUUGGAUCCUGUUGCUAUGGUUUUGCUCUGAGUUUUAUUAAUGAGGUCAGGAGGUCAGAGGUCAUGGAGGUCAUCAGCCAAAACACGUUCACCCUCGGAUGCGUCCUGCCGACGAUACAGCGCAGCUCAAAGUACCUGAGCCUGUACGACCACAUCCGUCACCAUGGAUACUACCUCAGUACUACAGCAUAGUACUACAGUACGCCGUGCUGAGUACCUGAGACUGUACCACUACAGACAUCAACACGGAUACUACUAUUAGUACUGCAGUACUACUGAAGUAUUCGUGGUGAAAUACUGGUAGACAAUAUCUUUAAAUGUUGUUUAUCAGUCAAGGACCGCUGUGUGUGUGUGUCUCUGUGUGUGUGUGUGUGUCUGUGUGUGUGUGUGUGUGUGUGUGUGUGUGUGUGUGUGUGUGUGUGUGUGUGUGUGUGUGUGUGUGUGUGUUUGUAAUCCAGCCUAAUAAAGAACUAAAAUUAUACAGAAA